AUGGCAAGCAAUGUUAUAUGGAAAGCGUUUAACUUUUGCUUCUCUAAAUUCAAGUGCUUUCCCACCGUCGCCGCUCUUCCGCCGGCGCCGCCGCCGGCGUCCUCCGACGAAGGCCGAGCUAUCUCCAAAUCCGUCACAUUUUCUUCCUCAGUCUCAUCCUCCGGCGACGACAGCUCCGACUCCGACGACUUCUUCUGCGUCGUCGAUUUCGUCUCCGCCGCCUUCGCUUCCCACCGCUUCUUCUGCUCCUCCCCCGGAAGCUCCAAUUCCAUCCUCGAACCGCCUCCUCCGGCGGCGGCGGUCGCCGGAGGCGUCGUGGUGCAGAAGUACUCGUCGGAUCCGUACACCGAUUUCAGAAAAUCGAUGGUGGAGAUGAUCCAAUCUAGGGAUUCCGGCGACGGCGAUUGGGAAUUUUUAUUUGAGCUUUUAUCGUGUUAUUUAGCAUUGAACCCUGAGCACACGCACAGGUUCAUAAUGGCUGCUUUUGCUGACGUCAUCGCCGUCGCCGCCACGAGCGGCUGCCGGAAAAGUGGGCUCGAAUUGCAUUGA